AUGGGUGAAGCUACCGUCAACGGCGACAUGCCGCAUUCUGCCUUCCUCUCGCACAUACAAUCCUAUCCUCUCGUCUCAGACUCGAUCAAGACCAUCCAGCAGAAUCCCUAUGGUGUCAAGUCGAUCGAGCUGACCAAUGCCGGCUACACCAAAUUCGUCAAACCCACUCUCCCCUACUUCCAGACGCCCGCCUCCUACGCAAAACCCUAUGUCGCCAAGGCUGAUGAGCUCGGUGACAAGUUCCUCACCAAAUUUGAUGAGCAGGUGCCCAUUGUCAAGGCCGAGACCAAGGACAUCCAAGACAAGGUUAUGGGCUACAUCCAUUGGCCACUGGAGACCGCAAACACCACCAAGGACUGGGCUCUCGCUACUUACAAGGACGAAUACAAAAAGUGCGGAGGGGAGGGCUACGUGGCGGGCGGCAAAGCAGUCAUCACCACCUCCCUCAUUAUGAGCUCCGAUGUCCUCAAGUGGAUCAGCUCUUUUCUCCAGGGCAAGAAGGAACAGGCCAAAGAGGUUGUCAGCGAGAAGACCAGCAAAUAA